ACUGAUGUUCGCACACGUACAAAUUGGAAUGCUCCAAUCAUGUGGGAAGGGAUGUUUAACCCAAAACUCUAUGACAAGUACCACAAAACACAUAGCACCAAAGUAGCAAUGACAGUAUUUGCUUAUGGAAAGUACCUGGAUGCUUACCUCAGAAUAUUUUUAAUAUCAGCAGAACUCCAUUUCAUAGUGGGUUUUCCAGUGACUUAUGUGUUCACUGAUGUCCCAGAUAUUCAGCUGGCACAAGAUCGAAAACUGAAAGUCAGAAAGAUACAGAAGCAUGACCACUGGCCGGACAUUUCCAUGAUGCGAAUUAUUGCAGAUUUCAUAAAGAGUGAGCUCCAUGACCCAAAGCAGUUUUUUUUCUAUAUGGAUGUUGACCAGGAGUUUGUAGGAAGGUUUGGCUCAGAGGCUCUAGGAGACUCUGUGGCCUUGCUUCAUGCCCCUUUUUUUGAGAGGAGCCUACAAGAAUUCCCAUAUGACCGUGAUCCAAAAUCAAGGGCUUACAUUAAUGAAGGGGACUUCUACUACCAUGCUGCUAUAUUUGGUGGCUCAUUGCAAACCUAAAAGCUGACAGAAGCAUGUGAUGAGGCUAUAAUGGCAGAUAAAGAAAAUGGAGUUCUAGCCCUUUGGCAAGAUGAAAGCCACCUCGACAAAUAUUUCUGGAUCAACAAGCCAAGCAAAUUACUUUCCCCAGAAUACUGCUGGGACAGGAGUAUUGGUGAUCGAAGAGACAUUGUUGUUGAGCGACUUAUGUGGGCACCAAAGGACUACGAACGACUAAGGACUUACGGUUAA